AUGAGCUUGAGCGGUUUUUACAGAGAGGAGUUCUGGAGCGAUGAAGAGAUCAACCUAGUAGAGGAAGAAGAGGAUAUCCCUCAAGAUGAUCCUAUUGCUCUCAUCAGUGACUAUGAGGAAGAUGAUUUAGGACCUAUCCAGAAUCAGGUCACUAUUGAGAAAGAUAGCCAGCGCACCCUUAGCAAGAGGCGACGAAGUCCUGUGCCUAGUGCUUCGGAUUCUGAGAAGGGAAACACGGAUGUUCCGGAACGACCUAGUGAUGGAGAAGAUGACGAUGACGGUGAUCUUCCGUUGCCUUCUAUUACCCAGAGGUGUACAUCAGGGGGGAUGCCGAAGCGAUCAAGACGGGACGAAGAGCUUUUUGAGUAUUAUGACCCUAAAUAA